AUGGGUAUGAGGGGAGAGAUUGUUAGUGCAUGCAUUACAGUAGCUGCCAUGAUAAUGGCAGUCUGUGCAGGCACUGAGGAUGCAGAAAAGCCCUACAUAGUCCACAUGGACAAAUCUCAAAUGCCACCCACAUUUCUCACCCAUCAUCACUGGUACAAAUCAGUCAUGUCAUCUGCUAUGGACGUGGAGCGACAUGCUGACAUGGACAGAAAAUUGGUAUACACGUACGACCAUGCUAUGCAUGGCUUCGGGGCAAUGCUGACGUCGGCGGAGUUGGAGGCGGUGAAAAAACUUCCAGGCUACGUGGAAAGCUACGAGGACACUGGCAGUGCGAAGAUGGUGGAGACAAAAGAGUUUAAGCAACGAUGGGAAUGGGUGCCACCCUCCAAUGAGAGGAUUCGUUAUGGGAGGAGGCUCCAAACCACUUAUUCAUAUAAAUUCUUGGGUCUCUCUGAAAAGGAGGGGUUGUGGCCACAGUCGCAGUUCGGUGACUCGAAUGGCGUUAUUGUUGGUAUUAUUGACUCUGGUAUUUGGCCUGAGAGCCCAAGUUUUGUUGGGGAUGGUAUGGGUCCAGUUCCAAAAAAAUGGAAGGGCAUUUGUCAACGUGGCGAAGAUUGGAAAGCCAAUCUUUGUAACAGGAAACUUAUUGGGGCUCGCUAUUUCAACAGGGGUUUCGUUGCACAAGGUCAUAAGCUUAAUGAAAAGGAUUUCAACUCAACACGAGACUUUUAUGGCCAUGGCACAUUCAUAGCCUCCGUCGUAGGAGCCCAGGCUUUCGCUGGAGCCAACGUUUUUGGCCUUGGAACCGGUGUUGCCAAGGGAGUAGCACCACAUGUACGUCUGGCAAUAUACAAGGUUAUAUGGCAUGACACUACCUCUAGCAUCGAAAUUAUUACAGAUUUAGAUAUUAUACGUGCCAUGGAUCAAGCUUUAGCAGAUGGAGUGGACAUCAUCUCAAUCUCACUUGGGGUAGCGUCCUCUGACUACAAACAAAAUCCUGUUGCAAUUUCCGCCUUGAAAGCAGCACAAGAUGGAGUGCUUGUGGUUGCUGCCGCAAGUAACGAUGGUCCUAACCCCGGCACAGUAAAAAAUGACGCUCCAUGGUUGCUCACAGUGGGGGCAAGCACCAUCAACAGAGCAUUUCAAGCCAGGAUCACCUUGGGCGAUGGUCUAGUUAUUGAUGGCACCUCCUUGUAUACACCAAAGUUCUCCACUCCAAAAAUAACAUUCGUCAAUGGUAACGAAUGUGCAGAGAAUACACUGGACCCCUUUUAUAUAACAGGCAAUAUUCUCUUUUGUCAUGACAGCAAUGACGUCAGUGUGGCUACACGUGUGCAUGUGGCCAAGACUACUGGAGCAAUCGCUGCCAUUAUUGCCUACAAUGAUGCAUUAAACCUGCCAUUAGAAACCUACUCAAUGCCAGUUGUGUUUGUAAAUAGAGAGCAGUCACAUGACAUAGUGAAAUACUUCGGCCUUGUACAUACUCCAAAAGCCAGCUUGCAAUUCGUAGUAACACAGCUUGGGUACGCUCCAGCACCAAGGCUAAUCACGAAUUCAGGAGUUGGGCCAGCCCCCAUUUUCCCAGAGAUCCUAAAACCUGACUUGUUGGGCCCUGGCGUUGAUAUAAUUGGCGCUUGUGCAAGUCCAGACCGAAAAAGUGCAUGCUUCACGAUUGGUUCUGGCACAUCAAUAGCCACUCCACACGUGGCAGGCGUAGCAGCACUGCUUAAGGCAGUGCAUCCAGAUUGGAGCCCAGCAGCCAUAAAGUCGGCUAUGAUGACAUCAGCACGGGCAAUAGACAACACGGGCCAGCUCAUCGCCUCCACAGACUUGUCAGCACCGGAAUUGAGCCCCCUUGAUUAUGGUUGCGGCAGUGUUAGCCCCCAAUCAGCAUCCAAUCCAGGACUCGUCUAUGACAUGGGCUACAAGGAUUAUGUGAAUUAUCUCUGCUUGACGAAGAGGACAAGCGGUACUAUCUGUAGACAUGAGAACGGUUCCCAAUAUGACCUCAACCUUCCAUCUUUUACUGCAAAUUUCCUUGCAUCGACAAGAGCAGGGUUCAAGCAAGUGAGGAGUUUUAAGAGAGUUGUAACAAAUUUUGGAGGAGGGGGAGAUGGUGUCUAUGAUUCCAAUGCAUAUAUGGGUCCAAGAAUAAAUGUAACAGUGACACCUAAAACUCUGGUUUUUAACCAGACUUAUCAAAAGCUGAGUUUCACGCUGCAAAUGGAAUUGAUUGGGCCUGUCCAAGUGACAGAUAAAGUUAUUGAUGGGGUUUUGUUAUGGUCUGAUGCGACAGAAAAUGGAGUGGAUCAUGAAGUUUAUAGCCCACUAGUUGCAGUUUUCCCUGAUAAUUAUAACAAAGGAUAA